CAUAGGGAGAAAUUGCUGGAGAAAAAAUGCAAAAACGCGAGUGCACCCGGUCGUUUGACGCGCGCCGGCGUCUCUCAUUUUAUUCCUCAAACGUUAGUGCGGCAUUUAGAAGGGAAAUUAACACAUUUACGCUCGUAGCAUCCUCCAAAGCAAAGCAACAUCAUGUUUUCGCACUGCUGUGCAGCAGUGGACUUCACACAGAUGUGCAGCCACUGCAAACUGAUCCGCAAACAGAACUGCAGGUUGUAAAUUCGUGGUAUUCGGCACUGACCCCAAUCUAUGCAGUUUAACUCGGUGGGUGUCGAACCAUCUGUCAAUGCAGAUAGGGCCUAAUCCCCUGUUUCCAUUGGUCCUAAUGUAAAUAGGCUGACUGGGUCUCGUGAGCGACUUCAUUAUUAUAAAGCGAUUAUUAAAAGCAACCCAAGGCCCAUAAAGACUCCGUUGAUUAAAAGGAACGUUUUUUUGUUUGUAAAUGUUAAAUAGCAUCCAUGGCAAAAGUGACGGCACGUGUGUGCAUAAUGUGACUGUUAAUCUUUACAAGCAGAUAAAAAGAGGAGUAUCAAAGUGCAAAUAUACUGAAUACAAGGAGACGCAGUGGAAGUGAAAAUUAUAGGGGAAGAAGAGAGGAAAAAUAACUCUUCAUCUUCCUCAAAGUACACUGUGUUCUGUUUGUUUAUUUAAAUCAUUGUUAGUCACUACACAAAUACCAUGGCAACUUCAUACCAUAAUCAGCAACAGCAAAAGACAGCAAGUGCUUUUAUAUCUUAAUAUAUCUAAUCAUCAAAUUGGACUAUUAUUAUCCUUAAAUAUAGUCGCUCCUAUGGAAAAUUAAAAUAGAAAGUUAUACAUUUGUACAUAUACAUGUUUGUGAUUUUCUGUACAUUUUUGCACGCAGCUGUUUCGUGAAAGUUCCUACUUUCCGACAGGACGUGAAGGCAUCACGAUGGAACCAGCUCCUCCCGUUACCGAGCGGGAAGUUCAGAUGGUCGACGAGCUGCGAGGCAGCAGACGCCGUGGCGCUUAGGCAGCCGCACUCACCUGUAAAGCGACCUUUAGUACGCUGUAAACGCAGGGCAGCCAUGUCCACCGACACCGAGGAGACGAGCGUCCCCGGGCCCAGGCGCUUCGGGCAGUGCACCUACACAGCCGAGGAGUACCAGGCGGUGCACGAUGCGCUGCGAAGGAGGCUGGGUCCGGAGUACAUCAGCACCAGACUGGCUGGAGGCGGACAGAAGGUGUGCUACAUCGAAGGGCAUCGCGUCAUCAGUCUCGCCAACGAGAUGUUCGGUUACAACGGAUGGUCUCACUCCAUCUCGCAGCAGAACGUUGACUUUGUCGAUCUCAUCAAUGGCAAGUUUUAUGUCGGAGUCAGUGCGUUUGUCAAAGUGCAGCUGAAGGAUGGGUCGUUUCAUGAGGACGUAGGCUAUGGAGUUAGUGAGGGACUCAAGUCUAAAGCUCUGUCACUGGAAAAGGCGAGAAAGGAAGCUGUUACUGAUGGCAUGAAGAGAGCACUUAAAUGCUUUGGUAACGCUCUCGGGAACUGCAUCCUGGAUAAAGAAUAUCUCCUGGCCAUUAACAAGAUCCCCAAACAGCCCCCUCCUCCUCUUGACCCAGCACACACUAAGCGAAUGGAAGGUGAGCCGUCUGUGGAAAAGGCUCGCCUCUCCAGUCUGGUUCGAGAGGAUACACCCAUGCCUGGAGUCGUUCCUGCCAGAACAGCGCUGGAGCCCAGAGCUCCAAACCAGAACCCCAACAGUUCAGAAGUUCGUACUCCUAAUUCAGGCCCUACUCCUGAAAUAAAAAGUGAAAACAUCAGGGCCAGAUCGAUGGAAAAAGGGGAUGUUGUCGGGUCUGAGCAACAAACUGACCCAAAACAGCUCAGAAAGAUAAGACAGCAGCAGCUUCAACAGAAGUUUAGAAAAGAAAUGGAGGCCAAGAAGCUGCAGCAGAAAUGGGAUCAAACCAAGUCUGAAGAUGCAGAGGUUGCAGUUGGAGCAGCCAGUGAGGGUCAAGGUCAUGAAGGUGUACCUGUGUUCAGCAAAGGCUCUGCCACUGGACACACGAAGCCCAGCAGCAGGGACGAGUGUCUAAUAGAUGACCCUGAGCUGUGGAACUUUGCUUUAGAUGGGACUGAUGAGAUGGAUGCAUCUACAGACAGACCGUAUUCCAGGGGAUCCAGGCCCAGCACCCCUGGGAAUCAUCAGAUGCUCACACGCAGUAAAACCCCCCAGAGAGGUCCCGGCAGACCUCCAGACGAGGCCCCGUCGUACAGCAGAGGACAAGACGGGCCUGAAUACAGACCUCAAAACCAGUAUCGGGCAAGGCCAGGUGAAGCCUUCAGCCCAUACAGACAAGGACAGUAUAUGAAGAAACGCCGACUAGACACUUGAGAUUUAACUUCCUCAGUACUUGCCAUGUUUUUAUUUUAUAUUUAUUUUGCUGUACCAUAUAAUUUUGCAAAAAAGUGCUGCUAUGUUAGAUGUUUGGAGAAAUGUUAUUACAAGUAGUAAUAAAUUCAUUCGUAAUUAAA